AUGGUUGGGGGUCCAGGAGACCAGGGUCAGUCGUAUGUUCAUACCAGUGCCUUGUUUGUCAACCUCCUGUUCAAGAUGUGGUUGCAUUUUUUUAAACCUGACGAGUCAGCAGUUUUAUCAGCUUCAUCUUUUGUCCUCAUAAGGACAUCUGGUCACUUCAGACUCCACCUGCUGCAGGUGGACCGUUGGUGUCGGGAGGUGGGGGGGGGUGAUGGGUGGGGGGGUGGGUGCCAGUCUCAUAUAACAGGGACACGUCCUGCUGAGCUCAGAGCAUCUUCCUCUGAGAAGCUCCCAGAGUCUCCUGAUCGGACCCCAGCAGCUAGGACCCGGACCAAGACCCGGACCAGCAGCCAGAACCCGGACCAGGACCCGAACCAGCAGCCAGAACCAGGAUCAGGACCAGGACCAGGACCAGGACCAGCAGCCAGAACCAGGACCCGGACCAGGACCCGGACCAGCAGCCAGAACCCGGACCAGGACCAGGACCAGGACCAGGACCAGCAGCCAGAACCAGGACCCGGACCAGGACCCGGACCAGCAGCCAGAACCCGGACCAGGACCAGGACCAGGACCAGCAGCCAGCUCUCCGGACCAGGACCAGCAGCCAGAACCCGGACCAGGACCAGCAGCCAGAACCCGGACCAGGACCAGCAGCCAGAACCAGGACCAGGACCAGCAGCCAGAACCAGGACCAGGACCAGCAGCCAGGACCAGGACCAGGACCCAGCUCUCCGGUCUCCCUCCAGCUCUGCAGGCUCCUUCUCAUCUGCUUCAGUGAUGGCUCCUCCACAGUGGACCACCUCCGUCCUGUUGGCUUCUCUGAUCCUUGUCCUCUGGUCCGCCUCUGCGUGGUCAGAUUCCUCCACCAACCCAUCGGCUCUCACCAGGUUCAAGAGAGGUCAGAUUACACCUGCCACCAAAGCUAAAAUUGAGAAAUCCCUCGAUGUCGCGUUGAAAGCCCUGACUAUUUUCAAAGAUGAGAUGAGUAAGAUUGACCGGAACACAAUGACCACUGUGAUGAAGGCCCUAGCGGACUUUGCUGCCCUGGCACCGGGCAUCGGCAGUGCGAUCUCCGCUGUCAUCAGUCUGGUCUUACUUUUCAUACCAACUGAGGAUAAAGUGAUGAAAGAGUUUGCUAUUGUCAACAAUAAGCUGGACUCCAUCUCCAUGCAGAUCUCCCAACUUAACACUCACGUGAAGGUUUCCAGCUUCCUCGGUACCUACUCUACAAACGAAGCAACCAUCAUCAAUGCCUGGAAGGAGCUCGAAAAGCUCAACAAGAAGCCAUUGAAUGAUAAUACGCAAGGCGAGAUUAAAAAAUUUAUUAAAUACUGCAAGGACACAAAUGUCAGGAAGGAUGUUGACAACUUAUUUCACUUUCUGACAGUGGAAGGCAUAUCCAUCAGUGAAAACAUCAACACUUUGUACAAAGAGAAGUUUAAAUGUCACGUUAAGUACAUGGGUAUAUAUAGCUUGUAUUUAAAUGAUCUGAUGUUGAAAGGAAUGAUUCUGAAUCAGGCUUAUUUAAAACUGAGUCAUCAAAGCUCACCUGGUGACCACACCGAAUUGGUUAACAAGCUGAAGAAACUCUAUGAAAUUCAAAAAAAGAGAUUUCAUGAGUGCUACGACUCCUACGAGAAACAGAUGGAGACGGAUGUGGUGGAGAUUGCUAAAAGCCGCAGUCCUGAUGAUAAAAUGGGCAUCGCUAAACAGGUGCAUGCUCAUCUUGAUGAUAAGUACGACUGGUACAAUUGGCAGGUGGUGGUGUAUAACACCAAAGACGAUAAAAAACACCGGAUAUAUAACAUGAGAAAGAUUAAUGCCAACACUGUGACAGUAGCUGUGACCUACACCCUGAAGGUCAGUCCGGCUGAGGAGGAAAUUGUUGGACGAGCAAUCAGGAAAUUAUCGGCAAAAUGUGAUGUUAAGGAUGUUGAACGAUUGAAAGAUCAUUUAAUAACUCUCCCUUCUCCAGGAGUAGGUCGUUCUCAAAGAAACGUCUCUUUGUCUGAAUAUGUCAAGAUAGGAGAUGUGAUACAUAGAAAUAAAGACGUUGCAGAAUUCCCAAAGCCCUUACAUAUAAUUAAAUGUAAAAAUAAGAUGCACAAGAGUGUUGCUCUGCACGUCUCCAAGAAGCUACCGGUCUGCAAACCGAACCCAUGUAAGAACAGUGGAGUGUGCAAUAGGCUGCUGGAGUCCAACUACUUCCUGUGUGAGUGUCAGGACAGUUCCUAUGGAGACGUAUGUGAAAAGAAAGUUAACACAAACCAGAUUACUGAGAUGCUCAGGGACGUUCCCUUCACCGUCCCUGUAGGAGAACCACCAAAGGUGCCAUAUCCCCCGGGUGUAAGGAGGAGCAGAAUCUAAGUAUCUAAGCCCCGCCUUUAACCCUCCCCUAAUUUAAACUAAUACAUUUCAAAAUUAAAUACCAUAACACAUUUAAUAGUAAAACUUUUUGUCGUUAACGUUAUAUACUGGCUGCAACACUGAACAAACGGUUUAACAGUUAGUUUCUCCCUGGAGCGAGUAACAGAUGGAGGCACCACCUAUAAGCUCAUCACGUCAACAUCAGAGGACAGGUCAGGGUCAGGGACAGGUCAUGUCACAUGUUAGUUUAAAUCCCUGUUUGUGAGCAAAAGACAAGAAAAACCUCUCUGUAUGUAUUGCAAAGAAGAAAAGUUUUACUUUAAAGUUUUGUGUCUCUCAUCAAAUGUUUGGAUGAUAAAGAACGAGGCUCUGAUAUGGUUCUGGUUGGAUUACGAGUGAAUCAGUGAAUAAAAAUAAUUGAUUUAA